UGGUUAAGUUGUUGCCUAGCAACGGAAAUUGUAUUUGAAAGGAAAAAUAAUCGAAGAAUUUGGCACAUAAUUUAUUAAAACUUCGAUUCCAUUGGACGCUUUUAUUUGUUACAUAGUUCUCUGAUUUGGAAACGCCAUGGCACAGAGUUUAGUUACUCUAACUCAAGAUGCAGGAUCGAACGAUAACAGCAUGUCGACCAAAGAAUUUUUGCAUUUCGAAAAGACUUGUGAAGCCUACAAGGAUAGUGAUGAAGAAAUUAAAAUGAUAUUCAAUGAAAUUAAGAAACUGUCUGCCGCUAAUAAGUCAGAAAAAGUGUUGAGUGAAGAUAUUGAUGAUGUUGGACUUAUUCUCAAAAGGGCAGAAGAAAUGGCGCAGGAGACUGAGAAUUUGUUAAAAAGUAGCCCUGUAGCGGCGGCACUGAAUGCUGGCAGUCCUAACAAAAGUGAAUCUGGUGCUAUUCCUCAAAUUAAAGUAACAAAACCUCAUGAGACUGACGAGGAUAGGGACCAUAAUAAGGAUAAUAAUACUAAGGUUAACCAGUAUGCUAAACAGAAUGCUAAGGAAAACACUGAAAUACGACGUAAGCCAAAGUUGAGGCCUUUCUCCGCGGGUGUCAUCGAUUCCAAGAAACGGGAACCAUAUAAAGUUGUGAAAUCUGUUACGAAUUCACCUAAAAAAACAUUAAAUUGUAGACAUGAUAACGUGCUUGAGGAAUUGAAAGAUACAACAGAAAGAGCAAAAAGCUUAGAAAUUACGAAUGUAAAACUAAAUGAUGAUAAUAAAGCUUUAAGGAAGAAGUUAGAGCAAGUCACUGAAGACAAACACAUGGUUGAUUUAAAGUUAGCGGAAUGCGAAAAAUUUUUAGGUAGACUAAGCAAAGAAUACGAUCUCAGAACUACGGAAUUAAAAUCUAUUAAGGAAAAUGAGAACAAAAUACUGGUAGAAUUACAAAAGGAACGGAAUGACAGGAAAAAUUUGAAUAUACUGCACGAAAAGGACGUUGUGAUCAUACAUGAUCUUCAAAGACAAGUCAAAGAAAUGGAGAUGAUAUUGAAGCGAAAGCAUCCAGAUUCUGUAUCUGCUUUGAUAGUGGCCGCAAAAUCUUCAACAGUCGAGGAUAAUAAGAAAAAACUAUUAGAAGAACGUAUUGCUAGAUUAGAACAAGAGCUAAAAGAUAAAGAGGACCACUUUCAAGGAAUAUUACUGACGUUACAAGAAAAGUUUACUGACAUGAAGCAGAAAUACGAGUGUCACAUAAUAGACGUUGAGAGGCAACUUAUGGAUGAUCGGAAAGUUAACACUGAAUUGAAAAGCAAAUUGAAUAAAUCACAGCUAACCGAUGCGGCUACUCAAACAUCUGCUAAGAAUAAAGUUUCAACAGCUACGCAAACAUUUAUAAAACCAGAUAGGGCAUCGUCGGCGGUUAGUAGAUUGUCACAGAAUUCAGCUCUAAUUUUGAAUAGAUUGAAGGAGGACAGCUACUUAGUAGCUACAAUAAAAGGUUUGCAAACUGAACUGACUGGCAAGCAACGUACUAUCGCUAAGAUCAACAGGGAAACUGAGGAGCUUAAGAAAAAUUUGCGUAAUCUACAAAAGGAAAAAGAAGUCUUGCUACAUCUGAAUCCACACAAGAAAACAGUGAACAAAACGAAAUCGACGGAGAAUAUAUUGGCAAGGAUGAACACGGAAAUGGAAGCCGAACUAACGGAAAUAAAGAAGCAAAAGGAAGUGUUGAUGCAGGAACGUAACUCGUUGCUAGACUCACUCAAGCGUACGAACGAGGAAUUCAUAUUGCUGAAGAAAAAGAGGAUUCAGGAUCUCCACACUCUACAAGUGGCUCAUGAAAAGGAGUUGAUGCAGAUGAACAUGCAAGUGUACCCACUUCAAGAGGAGAUUAAACUCCUCAACAGGACAGUGGAAAUUCUUCAGGAGCGCCUGCGAACUGCAGACGACAAGCUUGUGAAGUACCAGGCUGGCGUGAAAGACGAUGUGAUGGCUGGAGGUGACAAUAAUAGUACUAAGAGUAGGAGGGACCGUUAAGGUUAGUCUGAUUUGUUUCUUUUUCGUUUCGAAUUUCGAAGAAUGGUUUUCGUUGAUUUGUGGUGCAUCGGUAGCAUCUUUAUAAUGAGAUACUGUAUUUACAACUUCUUAUUUCUGCUUUAGGGUCUAUGACACAAGGGUUGGUGUUGUGAUUUUGGAGCAGAUUUUUUCUUAUGUGAUAUAAUAUUGAACAUUCCAUUGUCAAAAAAUAAAGAAAAUUUACAGUAUUCCGCAAUAUACUAACAUAGUAAGGUAUGUUGUAGUUCCAAAAAAAUAUACUAUUUCAAAGCUAAUAUAAAUGAAAUAUAGGUAGGUACAAUAGAGAACGUUGUGAUACAAAGCGCACUUUUUUACAAUCUAAGUUUUUGUUACGUAAGCAUUUCUUUGAUUAGUUUACGCUAUGCACAAACCGUCAAUUGACACAAAUUAGGAUAAUUUUACACUGUUACUGUUACGGUAAAUUAAGGUGAUUUAACAAGCUUGGCAGAUCGGUCAAUCGCCUUAUUCUUGAUCGUUUACAUCGAAAUUAUUCAUGCAGAUAUAGGUACCUACCAUUUAACUUGCGUUAUGGUGACAGUGGCAGCAAUUGGCAUCAUAUUUUCAACUAUCGUCUAUCUAUCUUUUAACUUCUUAUACUUAUGUUACUUCAAAAUGUUCUCGAUCUCUAUCGAACUCCACCUGCCUAUCUAUAUUUACUACUAAUAGGGAUUAUAAAGCUGAAGAGUGCGCGAGAAUCUCAGGAACCUACGAUUUGAAUAAUACUUUCAUUGUUUGAUAUCCCAUUUAUCGAGGAAGGCUAUAGGCUCCUUUUUAUUCUGGUGCACGGAGUAACGCUUUGGCGGAAAUUAGUAUAAAUAGGUACUAUACAUUUGUUCGCACCAUGGAAACGCAGGUUUAGGUACGAAUUGUGAAUACACUGUGGUAGCAGCCAGAGCAAAAGUCGACAGUCGAAAUAGAAGUUUGGUUUCAAAUUAAUGAAGACACAAAAUUAUGUAAAGUAAAAGGCAAUUGGAAACAAAACCGAUCACCGAUACGGUCUAAUUCGUGUCCACUGCCACAAGAAAUAUAAAUUAGUAAUAUUGUCACUAGGUUAAUGUAAACUAUUUAUUGUGGAUUUCAAUAACCUAUCGUAUCUGUUGAUUGCCUUACUAGAGAUAGGCUAUUGAAAUCUUCUGUUAGUCUAGUGUAAAGGAAUGAUAUCAUAUUUUCGAGACUUUUCGAGGGAGGGAAAUUUUAAUGUUGGGAUAAGAAGCGGGUUAAGGUAUUUUUAUAAGUAGUGGAAUAUUGUCGUUGCUUUUACAGUAUGUUAGCAUUUAAAAUAGUGUUGGAAAAAGUGCUCAUGUGCCUUGUGUCUCAUAUAAUAUAACACCAAAAAUCGACAUUAAUAAUUACAUGUAGUACCUACUUGUGAUAAGAAUACAUAGUUAUAGUUAUUAUUAAACUGAAAUGAUGAUGGCGCGUAAAAUCUUUUCGAUGAACAUAGGAAUAGAAUGCUAAGGUAUGUAAUAUUUAUUUAUUUAUUUCUAAACAAUAAAUUAUUCUUAUUUAUUUUAAAAACUGU